AAAAACAAUGAUGUUAAGUUCUAUUUCACCAUCUAAACUAAGCACUGGUAAAACAAGAGAGACAAUUUCCAGUUCUUUCCAUGGCUUCGGAUUCAAAAGAGGUUGCAACUGAUCUUUCUCCACUCCUUAAGGUAUACGAAGAUGGCAGAGUGGAGAGAUUCUUUGGUUCACCAUACGUUCCACCAUCACCAAAAGAUCCAUCCACUAGUGUAUCAUCGAAAGACAUCACCAUUUCAGCAGACUUUUCAGCUAGACUCUACCUUCCAAAUGUCCAAGACUCGAGCAAGAAGUUCCCCAUUUUAGUCUACUUCCACUGUGGAGGCUUCUGUACUGAAUCAGCCUUUUCCAUUCUCCAUCAUCGUUAUCUCAACCUACUAGUCUCUGAGGCCAAUGCACUGGCUGUUUCUGUUGAGUAUAGACUAGCUCCAGAAUGCCCUCUACCAGCAGCUUAUGAAGAUUGCUGGGCUGCCCUUCAGUGGAUCUCUUCCCAUGUUGUUGUCAACUCCGACACGGAUAAGGAACAUUGGCUGCUGAGCCAUGGAAACUUUGAUGAAGUUUAUAUAGGGGGUGACAGUUCUGGUGCCAACAUAGUUCAUAACAUAGCCAUGAGAGCUGGGGUUGAGAGCUUAGAUGGGGAUGUGAAAAUCUUGGGUGGAUUUCUGUCUCACCCUUUCUUCUGGGAUCCAGAAAUUAAGGCAGAAAAUGUUGAAGAAACUAUGCUGUAUAGAGUUUGGAAGCUUGUUUAUCCAGCACCUCCAGGUGGACUUGACAAUCCAAUGAUAAAUCCCUUAGCUGAUGAUGCACCUAGCUUAUCCCAACUAGGGUGUUCGAGGUUAUUUGUGUGCACUUCUGAGAAGGAUGAGUUGAGAGAAAGAACAGGUCUUUAUGUUCAGACUUUGACGAAAAGUGGUUGGAAAGGUCAAGUGGAGCUGGUUGAGAUUGAAGGAGAGGAUCACUGCUUUCACAUCUUCCACCUCGAGUCUGAGAAAGCCAAGAGCCUUGUAAAGCGUUUAGCCUUUUUUAUUAAUAAUAACUGAUGUUGUUUUGCUUU